AAAAAAAGUUAUAUUUACACUUGGUAGUGGGAAUAGGAAGAAAGCUCUCCAAGCUAUCCAAGAUAACAAUUUCGAAACCGCUUCAGAUGAUAUGUUCUCAUUCCACCAUAAAAUAGCUAGAGAAAAUGAAAUUGCGAUUUCUGGAGCAAAUUCUAAAAAUAGUUUUCAAAUUAAAAAAGGUGCUAUUGAUAAUAGUAAGGAAGAAAAUGAUAGGGUACAGCCAGUUAUAAUCAAGAUUAGUCCAGAGGAUAAUUAUAUUUCUACUUUUCUUAAA